ACAACACUGCAAUAAGGCGUUUUGCGCGCGGGCGAACCGACGAAGACGGGCGGUCAUAGGUGGUGUGCGAUGCUUGCACUCGUGUUGUUGCACCAUCCAAAUCCUAAUUAUUAUUAUUGGUGUGUGUAACUACUCUCGUGCUGCCAAAACCGUACUGCUGCAGAUACAUCGCGGUACAUCAUCAUAACAAUCAUGCAAACUGCCACGCUGCGUCCGGAUGUCCGGCUCGUCCCUGACCCGGUGUCCACGCCGGAAAAGUUUCGCUCUGGCCACUACCACCUGGAGCUGACGCCCGUUUGGCAGUACGUAAUCAAGAAGAACCGGUUCCCGGCCAACGUCGACCGACAGGAAGUAUUCGCCGAGCUGACCGUCCGACUACAGCAUCCCGAAUGGCAGGUGAGACUUCAUGGUUCACGAGUGCUAGCUUACGUUAUACCUGCAGUUGGCCCACAACUGGACGCGUUGAUGUCCCCGACAAUACUCCCAGCGGUCAUUACAAAUCUUGCCCACUUUUCACCGGCCCUUAGAAGUAGCUCUAUGGAUGCAAUAUUGGUCUAUGUACAACACUCGGCUGACCCCGAAUUCGUUCUCAAGUCCAUGAUCGUGCAGGGAUUGGAUGUAUCUGGUGCCAAAUCAAGUCUCACUGUGAAUGUUAUGGAAUGCGUUCCUGUAGUACUUCAACAAAUCGUUAAGAGAAAUGGAGAACGACCCAUUGCGAUACCUACAUUUGUGCACCUUGUAACUGCCUUAUCCAACAAGAUGGUACAAGCAACAUUUCAACAAGCUGCUGUUUACUGUUUAGACAGGGUUAAAGAAAUUGUCGGAAGAAAUAAAUUUGAUCACUAUCUUGAAACAUUUCAUCCUAUUAUUAAAAAGGAUUUUGAAGUGUUGUGUGAAGUGUAUAGAAUAUCUUCAUCAUCUGGUCGAGAUUCUUCAAUAUCGUCGUAUGAUGACGAAGACGAUGUAGAAAUUCCAAAAACACCUAGAAGAGUAACGUUUGGUGGAGAGCUUAUUAAGAUUCGAAGUCCUGACGUCUCUGAUGAACAUCAUGAAAUUCACAAGUCUACUGGUAUUCCAAUUCCAAUCAAGCCUGCAUUAAGCAUACCAAAACAUCCCAAAAAUGAAAACAUAUCAAUAAAAUUACCACUUUCACGACAAACCCAAUUUCGAAGCUCCGGUAAUUAUUUGCACCAAAAACGAGUAAUCAAUCAAUUGAGGCCAAACACCUUACCACCCUUACGACAACCAAAUUUCAAACAAUUUACAAAUUCUUCUGUAGGUUCGUUAUUAAGUACAACUUUCAGAAGAAAAUUGGAUGAUAGAAUAUCAUUUAAUAAGGGAUUUUUUUCUCCACACGCUAUUAUUUGUUCUAGAAGGACCAACGAUACAUUUAAUAGAAAUUAUAAAAAUAUGAAGACAGACAAAACAUUUAAAAAUUUCGAGUCUUCUGUAAGAACAACGUUUUCCAUGACCGUGGUGCCGGAGAUCAGCAGGCAGGAACACAACAGCAGAAGAAUGUCCGACGCAGACGAUGAUCCCCGACAUACUCUUAUUCGUCCCAUGGACAACAGCCACGGCGGUGACAACGAAACUAAAUCGUCGGACGGCGAAUAUGAUGAUGCCCGGCGACAGACUCCGGUCAACCGAACGUCGUCGAGUAUUCCGAUCGAAGACGGCGCAAUAAUGGGAACCCGACGGGUUAACCACGAUGAUCGACUGCCUCAGCAGCAGCAAGUGAUUGACAAUCACAAACAAUCUACAACACAGUCUGAAAAUUAUAGCGACGUAGGUCUCGUCAAACCGACCAAUGUUAAGUUACAGUGCUCUACCACGAGCGUAACAGCAUCAGGUGCAGACACUCAAUCGCAAAACGAUAAAAAACCUGUAGCUGAAGUAAAACCUACGAAAUCUGUUGUGCAACCAUCUGCGCCAACCGUUACAUCAACGACCGAAAGGAGGAGAUCUGUUGGAACGAACCUUAAAAAUAAACGAUCUAGUGAAAUAGGACCAAAUUUCACUCCGUUCAAUGAACCUCAAAGAGCUCUACAUUUGGUUUCUACUCAAAUCAAUAGCCCGGAAUGGGAAGCGGCCGUUACGGGUCUACAGAAUAUUUCACGGCUGGCUAUGUUCCACGGUAAAGAACUGCGUCCAGGUUCCUUACAACCUUUCGCUCGCAAUGUGGCUAAGCAUAUCAAAUGUCUCCGAUCCCAAGUGGCACGAGCCGCAUGUACGGCUGCACAGAAAAUGUUUUCUUAUGUACCGAAAUCAAUGGAACCGGAUGUUGAAGAAAUCGCAUCGGCACUGUUUCCGCGUACAGCGGAUACCAAUAAAUUUCUUCGGGUGCAAAGUGCAGAAGCUUUGAACGCAAUGGUCGACAACGUAAAUCCUGUAAAAUGUGUGCAUGUAAUCACAGCUAAAGGGAUAAAACAUGGAAAUCGAAUGGUUCGUGCAGAAGCGUGCCGUCUCUUAGCCAGAAUGGUCGAUAGACUCGGAGUCAGUGGAACUCUUCAUUUACCAACAGAUGCUAGAGAUGCAGUGAUAACUGCUGCCACUAAUAUGGUAUUUGAUAAUACGCCUACUUCUCGUCAAGCCGCUCAACAUAUAUUAACCAGAUUGAGCGAAGAUCCGAGAGGUGCAGCAUUAAUAUCAUCAGCAGCUUCACCAAACGUAAAAGCUACAUUAAAUAAAUCGUUGUCAAGAAUAUUUCUUAAAUGAAAUAUUUUUUUGAUCAAUGAAUUAUUAAUUUGUUAAAAUUAAGUGAACAUAUUAUAUUUUAUAUAAUCUUCAAUAAAAUAUUUUUAUCAUUUUUAA